AUGACAUCAAAACAACAAGGAGCAGUCCAAGAAGCUCAGAAAAAAAUGAAGAUAGCUGUACGAUGUCCAUGUUUCAAUCAUGCUUUAAAUUUGAGUUUGUCGAAAUCAUCAAACGUUCAGAGUGUGAGAAAUGCUGUAGGGGCAAUUAAGGAAAUAAUAUCUUUUUUCAAAGCCUCUUCUAAACGCAAUUAUGUCCUCAAACAAACAUUGGGUGAUCAGCUCUCUGGAUUGUGUGAAACGCGAUGGAUAGAACGACACGACUCCGUUCUGCAGUUCAAAGCAUCGAUUGAAAAAAUUUUGCAAGCUUUGAAUUUGAUUUCCGAAUGGAAUGAAAGAGAAUCUUCCAGUAAAGCUAAGUCGCAUAUACUUGCGAUCUCAUCAAAUUGCAGCUUUAUUAUCACUUGGUUUUGUCUGAAUGAAGUACUCGCAAUAACGUUACCUCUAAGCAAAUUAUUGCAAAAAAAAAAUUUGGAUAUAAGCUCCACACAGAAUGCUGUUCUAAAUACUCUGCUUGUUUUGAAAGACAAACGCAACAAUGCAGAAUCCAAUUUCAAUGCUUUGCUUAAAGAAAUAAUGCCUUGUCUAGAAAAUUUGAAUAUAGAUUUAUGCAUUCCAAGAGUGAAUAAAUUCAUGAAAAAUCGACCUAAUCCAGAUAUUCAUUCCUCCACAGAAUACUUCAGAAUAACGAUAUAUAUCCCUUUACUUGAAAGUAUUAUUUCCGACAUUGAGUGUCGUUUCCAGCAAGAAACUAUGGAUUCAUUCAAUCUGCAAAUAUGUGUUCCUGUUAUAUUAAUUAAUUCAAAUGAAGAUGGCAUCCAUUCCGCCGUAGAAAUUUUGAUUGAAAAAUAUGGAAGUUUGUUUGAGACAUGUAGAGACGUGCUGAAGUCAACUUUCAUUGCAGAGCUGCAUUUAUGGAAAAUGAGAUGGAUACACAGCAAAGAAUUGGAAAUUCCCAGCGAUGGACUGAAUGCUCUCAAUCAAUGUGAUAAAAUGAUGUAUCCAAUCAUUCAUGACAUUUUGAAAAUACUGUGUACUCUUCCAGUGAGUGUUGCAUCUGCAGAGAGCAGUUUUUCAGGACUGAGAAGACUUAAGAGUUGGCUGAGGGCCAAUAUGGGUGAAGAUCGUUUGAGUGGCCUUGCACUAAUGCAUGUCCAUAAGGACAUUGUCAUCAACGAAUCUAAUGUUAUAGAACGUUUCGCUAAUAGUGGGGUGAGACGAAACAUGGAGUUCGUCAUGUAA